AGGAUACGAGGAUGAGGUUUUCGGAGACCUUGGUGCUUCUUUCUUUCCUCGUCGUUUCCUGCGAUGGCUUUGCUUGGCCGCACCCUGUGCAUGCGGGGAGGACCUCGAGGUCCCAGCCAAGGAUCGCGCUAUCGAUGAGAUUAGAGGAAGAAGCUCAGUGCUUGCACAGAAGGAGCUUGAUACAUCGUCUCUCUGUUCUCCCCCUUGUAUCUGCUGCAAUCGCUAUCACCCCUCCUCCAGCAGAAGCCAGGCGAGGAGACUUUGCGAAACUCGACUUCGGAGCAGGAAGAGGAAAGAGCGAAAGCCAAAGCAGCUUAGGGGAAAACGACUUGCCGGCGGCGGGCAAGAUAGACCCCUAUGACAAUAGAGAGAAAGCAAACGCGGAUUAUGCCACAAGAAUGCAGGACUCUUCGCUCAUUUCUGAAAAGAGACAGAUUUGCCUUGACGUCAAGGAGAAAAUAUUCACUACAGUCAAGGCCGCAUUGGGCGAGAACGAUUGGAAGAAGGCAAAGUUUGCAAUCGACAAAGAUGCUGCCGUGCUGCGAAGGGCGAUGAAUCAAGUCAGCACGAAGGUGUCUGGACUAACUCAGUUUUGUCCUCGACAUGUCCUCAUUGCAGUGACAGGGCUUGAAGGCUGUGAGUGCGGCACAACGUGGGGGGAGCCAGACAAGUUGGAAAUCGAAGCAGAGCAGCGAGAGAGAAAAUUCCUCUCGACACUCAACAAGCUUUCAAUAUCCGUGGAUGGAGCAAAGGGAAAGGUAGACUCGAAGAAGAGCCAGCUGUUGUUCGAUAAGGCCGAAGCCGAGUGGAAGGACUGGCUCAGUUCAGCCGCAGACGCCCAGUGA